CCGCGCGUGGGUCUACCUUAUUAGCUGCGAUAGCCCUCGCUAGCUACAAUGUUAUAUUUGUAGGUUUAAAGGUAAACGUCUCGUUUAAUGUCGACCACUGUUAAACUACCACAGUAAGAAAAGCUUAAAAUACGAAGCUAAGUGUAUUUAUGCAACACUACAGGGCUAGCUAACUUGCAAGGUCGAUAAAUACGUAGGUUAUGUAAACUAAGAUAAGGUAAAAUAAACUAGCUAAGCUAAGCUAGGUUAGGUUGCCUCACGCAGGUCAUCUAAUUGCGAUAUAAGAUGGCUACAUGAGCGGUUUGUCGGGAAGUGAGUUCUGCUUUCUCGUGUGGCAUUCUGCUUUUUAUCCCGUUCUUUUGCUUUCUGUUUAUUUUCUACUCAGGUAGUUUGCACGCAAUCAACGUCGAGUGACAGCUCUGGCACAUCGCCUGCUAGGAUAGCCAGGGUUAGGUGGACGGGAGUGAUAAAGUUGAGCCGGGUAGCUAAAAUGAUGUGAUAGCUAGAUGUUAUCCUGACCUGCGUCAUACUGUUUUCACCUACUUGGUGUCUCCGAGGUGGCUGAGCUAGCUAGGUGAUCUAGCUGGUUGAGGAGCUGUUUGUCGCUUUAAGACUCAGUCUUUCACCAUGCCCGCUUUCCGGCAAGUGGGGGAGAAGCAACUCCCGAACCCCGUCAUUUAUAUGGCCUGGUCUCCAAAGCGGGAUCUCAUCGCCUUGGCCAACACUGCCGGGGAGCUCCUGCUGCACCGCCUUGCCAAUUUCCAGCGCGUGUGGAGUUUAGCGCCCAACGAGAACACAGGAAAAGAGAUCACAUCACUGGCCUGGAGGCCUGAUGGGAAAAUUUUGGCAUUCGGCGUCGGGGACACAAAGCAAGUGGUCCUGUGUGAUGCUGAGAAGGCAGAGAUUCUCCACCUGUUUCCUGUGGAUGUCCCUGUGUCCUGCAUGCACUGGGUGGAGGUGCAGAGCAACAGCAGCUCGUUGUCAGUGUUCAGUGAGUCUGAGGACGAGUCCAACUGCUUCCUACCCAGGCUGCCAACCUUACCAAAGAGCUACAGCUCCACAUCAAAAAUAUUCAGCGAGGAGAAAUCGGAUGAAGUCACCAACCUUUUGGGGGAAGUGAGACUUAAUAUCCUGGUGACAGGUGGGCCAUCUGGUUUUGUGGAGCUGUAUGCGUACGGCCUGUAUAAGGUAGCCACACUAACAGAGAUCACAGGGACUUGUCGCAGUCUCUGUCUUUCCAGUGACCUUAAAUCCCUCUCCGUCGUCACAGAAACAAGAUCGUCAAACGAUAACUCUGAGAUCCACUAUAUCCAGUUGGACACAGGACUACUCUCGUCAUGUCUCCCAGAGUUGACCAGGAUGGCCCGCAAAUUCACCCACAUCUCUACACUGAUACAGUACCUGCGUCUCUCUCUUACCUGUAUGUGUGAAGCGUGGGAGGAUAUCCUCAUGCAGAUGGAUCUCCGCCUCACCAAGUUUGUUCAGGAGAAGAACACAAGUACACAAGUUCAGGAUGAGUUCUUGGAGCUGUUGCUAUGGGGACAUGCCAGCCCUGAACUGCAGGCUCUUCUCAUGAAUCAGCUCACGGUCAAAGGUUUGAAGAUGUUGGGCCAGUCCAUUGAGUCAUCAUACUCCAGCAUCCAGAAGCUGGUCAUUAGUCACUUACAGAGUGGUUCUGGGGCCCUUCUCUAUCAUCUCAGUGAGGUUAAGGGUAUGGCGCUGUGGAAACAGAAGUUCCAGCCUCUGGGUCUGGACCCUGUAGCUAUAGAGGAGGCCAUCACGGCAGUGGGGUCUUUCACACUGAAGGCUAACGAACUCUUACAGGUGAUCGAUAAAAGCAUGAAGAAUUUUAAGGCGUUUUUCCGAUGGCUCUAUGUUGCGAUGCUCCGCAUGUCGGAGGACCACGUCCCUCCAGAGCUGAACAAGAUGACCCAGAAGGAUCUGGCCUUUGUUGCAGACUUCCUCUCUGAGCAUUUUAGUGCUAAUGAGGAACUGUUUGAUCGAAAAGGAAAGUACUUCAAUGUGGAAAGGGUGGGACAGUAUCUGAAGGACGAAGAUGAAGAUUUGGUGUCUCCACCUAAUAUGGAGGGCAACAACUGGCUCAGUUUUGUUGAACAGAGCACCUACCUAAAAGCGAGCCCAUUGUUGUUCCCCACAUACCCACAGAAGUCUCUGCACUUUGUCAAGAGGAUGAUGGAGGGAGCCAUCGACUUCUGUCUGCAGAAGCCAGCAGAGGUGAUAGGGAGUUCAGUCAAGCAGGCGGUGUGUUUGCCGCUGUACUCAGUGUCUGAGAGCUCGGCAGACAUACCCAAGCUGUUUGAGCUUCCCUCUCUGUGGAAUGAUAAAAACACCUGCAUGCAGUACACCGUGUUCUGUAUGCCAGAGAUCUCACCUUCCAAAGUCUACAUCCUGAGGAGAGCGACUGAUCCAAACAGAGCUGUCCUCAAUGGCCUGGUGGCCAUAGACCUGAACACUCCUCUCAACUCCAGUAUUGAUGAUGAAGCACCUGUAGCGGAACCUGUUGAUCGCUCCUAUAGUUGCCUUGAUGCCCGUCUCUAUGACGACGAGACAUUGACUGUAGUGUUGCAAUGCUUGGAGGGUGAUGAGAAUAGACUCCGCCUCCUUGCUCAGCUUCCCCUUGGUGCCGCCCUCAGCUGUGAGGAAGUAUUUGCCUGGGACCCCGCCCUCCGGCUAGACCAGCAGACGGAGGGGAUCCCUGUGCAGGCGCUGACCUGGGGGAACCAGAGCAGAGACCUGGAGAACAUGAAGGCGUGCUUUGUAGCUGUGAAUGGCAUCCGCAAAGUGGCCUGUGUGCUGAGUUCAAACUUGCGUCACGUCCGCGUGUUUGAGAUGGACGUGGAGGAUGAGGAGGACGAAGAGAGGGCUGAUGAAUCACAGGACAUCAGUUCAGACCAGGAUGGAUUGGAGGUGACCUCACCCAAUCAGGGAGCAGCAGGGGGAGGAGUCGAUGAAGAGGGCGGGGCAAAAGCUUGUGAGGAGAUGGGGGAGUUGCCUGGGGAAACCCUGGAUCAGACAUCAGGGUCUGAUACGCUAUGACAUUUAACACUGAUGUCAAGGCCCUUUUACGUCCUUGCGCUGGACUUGCAACCUACCAUCACCUAACAUGAUGAUAAAACAACUGAAUAAUGUUUUGGGUUUUUGUUUUUUUAAUAUACAAAAUGCAUCUUACUGCAAGGGCGUGCGCUCUUUUGAAAAUAAAGUGAGAUAUUUAAAGGUGUUUUGUUAA